AUGGGCACAUGGUCGGGGGUGGAGGAGUGGGUGUGGGUGUGGGUGCUGCCAAAAGGACAGUUCUUAGAGCUGCGGUCGGACAUGGACCCCGAGGGGUCGGGCAGUCCAGCAGGCAGUGGAGAGCAGCCAACAGAGGACACAGUCGCAGCACGGGUCACUGAGGAACGACCUGGGAUCCGGGUCACGGAGCAGAACUGGGUUCAGAGCACUGGAGCCCCUCAACAGACCACUCUAGUGCCUCCUACAGCCCACCUGGAGAAUGACAUGGCGUCUGAGAAAGGCACAGACCCUCCGUCACAAAUAAGUGAACCUGAAAACUCCACCUCCGUAGAUUUGCUAAUUCCACUUAAUGACACCGUCUCUAACCUGGACUCUAGGGGCCGCCAGCUUACACCAGUUACUGAUUUACCAGUUACGACUCAGGAACCUGUCGUUUACCAAAGUGUUCCGACUAGCCAAGCGUCAACUGUUAGCCAAAGAUUUCAAACAGCGAUCACAGCUGCCCAACGUGAAGACUCUACGUCGACGUUAGCAACUAGUCACACCGCAGCAACUUCGACCGCAGCUGCCCAACGUGAAGAGUCUACGUCGACGUUAGCAACUAGUCACACUUUAGCUGCCAGGCCUAGCUUAGCAACCUCCUCACAGCAACUAACGACUGUUAGUAAAGAUGUAAAGACAGGGGGCGACAGAGCAGUGACUGAAUCUCAACGGUGUGUGUUGCUCAGUGAGCCGUUGCCAUUCUGCUCCUUCACGAAAGGAGAAAAAAUUCUCGUUCCAAAUUUUGUCAACCAGACCAGUGUGGAGGAGGUUCGGGCGCUCCUCACUGAGUGGGCGUGGCUGCUGGGUUCAAACUGCCACCAUGGUGUGCAGUGGUUUUUCUGCCUUCUCUUGGUCCCAAAGUGCGACCCAGCGGGGGCGCUGCCCCUGCUGCCGUGCCGGAGUUUCUGCGAAGUCUUGAGGGACAGUUGCUGGAUGCUCCUGGAUGAAGGACGCCUCCCGGUGGAGUGCCACACUCUGCCUGAUGAUGAUGAUGAUGGUGAUGAUGGUGAUGAUGAUGAUGGGUAUCAGUGCUUGUCUCCUAGUAACCAGAAAGAAGACAGUGGAGUUUCUCUGCUGCAGCUGAUUGGAGAUCCUCCUCCCAGCGAGAUCACCCAGGUCUACGGACCCGACAACAGCCCAGGAUACGUCUUCGGCCCAGAUGCAAACACGGGCCAACUGGCCCGGGCCCACCUGCCGAGCCCCUUCUACCGUCACUUCUCCCUAAUCUUUAAUGUGAAGCCCACCUCCGACCGGGGGGGCGUUCUCUUCUCCGUCACAGACGUUCCCCAGCAGAUCAUGUAUGUGGGGGUGAAACUGUCAGCUGUGCAGGGGAACCACCAGAACGUCAUCCUCUACUACACGGAACCCGGCUCGGAGCGCUCGUACGAAGCGGCCAGCUUCCGCGUCCACUCGAUGAGGGACACCUGGACCCGGUUCGCCAUUGCUGUGAGGGACGACAAGGUGAUGUUCUACCUCAACUGUGACACAGAUCCUCAGGUGUCCCGCAUCGAGAGGUCGCCCGACGAGAUGGAGCUGGAUGCUGGUGCCGGGGUCUUUGUCGGUCAAGCCGGAGGAGCCGAUCCAGACAAGUUCCUGGGGGUCAUCGGCGAACUGAGGGUGGUGGGAGACCCCCGUGCUGCCGAGAGACAUUGUGAGGAGGACGAAGACGACUCAGACAUGGCCUCAGGAGACGGCAGUGGCUACGGAGAACCGAGGCCAACAGAACCAGCGGUGGAGAACCAGAGGUGGACGACUGCACCCCCAUCCUCUCGACCCAUUCAGGAGCCCCCAGUUAUCAGGAAAGAGGAGGGGUCUGUUUCCAGAGGGACGGCCACUGAAAACCAUCAAGUCUCAGUGGAGUCCAGACCAGGACUUCCCGGGUCUCCAGGACAAGCAGGAGCCAAAGGAGAGAAAGGAGACCGCGGGGAUAAAGGGGAGAGAGGAGACCGGGGGCCGAUCGGAGCGAAGGGAGAAUCUGGCUCCAGCUCCCGAGGAGGAGGCCACGGAGAGAAGGGAGAACCUGGAGAGAAGGGAUCAAAGGGCAGCGCAGGCUUUGGCUACCAGGGAACGAAGGGUGAUCGAGGGCUCCCUGGACCCCCAGGCCUCCCCGGCCCCCCAGGACCCACCCCUGAUUAUUUACUCACCAACGAUGGCACCGUGGUGCCUGCAGGACCCAGAGGACCACCGGGGCCUCCAGGACCCCAAGGACCAGUAGGAGCCGACGGAGAACCGGGUGAUCCUGGUGAGGACGGGAAACUGGGUCCUGAUGGACCACCAGGCUUCCCAGGUACGCCCGGAGACCCCGGACCUAAAGGAGAAAAGGUGGGCUCUUCAGAUGGUCACCCUGGGGCGCGCGGCCCCCCAGGCCCACCUGGACCACCUGGACCUGGAUACAGAUCUACUUUUGUGGACAUGGAAGCCUCUGGUUUCCCGGACCUGGAAUCUGUCAGGGGACUACCUGGGCCACCUGGGCCUCCUGGUCCACCUGGGCUUCCUGGAAUCUCUACGGCGAGCACGGUCUUGAGUUCUGGGGCAUUUGGACCUCCAGGAAAAGAUGGAGCACCUGGUCAACCUGGUUUACCUGGUCUACCAGGAACUGAUGGAAGUCCAGGAGUACCAGGUGCCAAAGGAGAAAAGGGUGAUUCUGGAGAGCUGGGUCUUCCAGGCCCUGUUGGAGAAAAGGGAUCUCGAGGAGACCCUGGUUUAUCAGGACCUUCAGGACAGUCUGGACUCGCUGGUCUGCCCGGGCCAAUGGGCCCUGUGGGGCCCCCCGGGCCUCCUGGACCCCCGGGACCAAGUUAUCGUGUUGGAUUUGACGACAUGGAAGGUUCUAGUGGCGGAUACUCCAACGGACUCCCUGGACGGGAAGGACAACAGGGUUCUCCUGGUUUUCCUGGACUUCCGGGUAAACCUGGGUUUCCUGGUCUGCCGGGUCAGAAGGGCAGUGAGGGACCAGUGGGAAAAGACGGACAACCAGGACUGGACGGGUUCCCAGGACCUCAGGGGCCGAGGGGUGAGAGAGGUGACAAGGGGGAGACGGGUGAACCAGGUCGAGACGGAUCAGGAUUCCCAGGUCCACCAGGGCCCCCCGGACCACCAGGACAGGUCGUCUACUCCACGUCUGGAAACGACAGAGCGUCUCUACCUGGACACCCUGGCCUCCCUGGACCAGUUGGACCAAAGGGUGACAGCGGAGAGCCGGGUUCUCCUGGCUAUGGAAUAAAGGGGGAGAAAGGUGAACCAGGUUUGGUGAUCGCUCCUGAUGGAAACCUUCUGGAAGGAUUACGAGGAGCAAAGGGGGACACCGGACCCUCGGGUCCAGUCGGACCUCCUGGUCAUUAUGGACCUCCUGGAAUCAAGGGUGAAAUUGGAAUGCCUGGGAGACCUGGUCGUCCUGGUGUGAAUGGAUACAAAGGUGAAAAAGGAGAAUCAGGAGGGGGCGCUGGAUACAGUUUCCCAGGUCCUCCAGGACCACCUGGUAUGCCUGGACCCCCAGGACCUCCCGUUCCUCUGGACCGCUUCAAUCGCUACGACGACAAUUCAAGGAAUUACCCAGUAGUCAAAGGAGAGAAAGGAGAGCGUGGAUUCCCAGGACUUCCAGGAACCACUUCUAACAUCGACAUCUACGCCUUCAAGAAUGAACUGAAGGGGGAGAGCGGUGACCCUGGAGUGAAGGGUGAAAAGGGAGAGCCUGGUGGUGGAUAUUUUGACCCCCUGUUUGGAGGAGCACAGGGCCCACAAGGACCUCCUGGACAACCAGGUCUACCAGGUCCAAAAGGAGACUAUGUGAUCGGACCCCCGGGGCCACAGGGCCCACCAGGAACACCAGGUGUUGGUUAUGAUGGACGCCCAGGUGCCCCUGGUCCACCCGGACCUCCAGGACCUCCAGGCUCUUACCCUGGAGCCUACAGGCCCAACCAUGCUAUCAACAUUCCUGGUCCACCUGGUCCUCCUGGUCCACCUGGACUUCCUGCUCACUCGUCCAGUGUCACAGUGUUGAAGUCGUACGACACCAUGAUCGCCACGGCGCGGCGUCAGACGGAGGGCAGCCUCAUCUACAUCAUAGACAAAGCUGAUCUUUACCUCCGAGUGAGAGACGGACUGAGACAAGUCAUGCUGGGACAGUACCAGCCGUUCUACAGGGACCUGGAGAACGAGGUGGCAGAGGUGCAGCCCCCGCCCGUCAUCCUGUACCCCCAGUCCCAGGACCAGUCCCAUAAUAAUGGAGCGGGUCAUUACUCCCAGAGCAGCCCGGUCAUUCGACCCCUCGAGCCUCCGCUGCACCUGCCUGAAGACCCCAAGCCCCCCCCUCAUUAUGACCCCAGGUUCCCCGACCCCAGACACACGGGUCACACUGACCAGACGCUGGUCACCCAGAGGGUUGAGAGCAGGUAUCCUGUCACACCACAGCGACGACCCAGCCCCCCCCUGCCCCAUCCUGGGGGCCACGGGCACACGGGAUCAGGGCUUCACCUCAUCGCCCUGAACGCCCCUCAGUCCGGUAACAUGCGAGGAAUCCGCGGCGCCGACUUCCUGUGCUUCCAACAGGCCCGCGCCGUGGGUCUGAAGGGAACCUUCCGAGCGUUCCUGUCCUCCAAGCUUCAGGACCUCUACACCAUCGUCCGUGGCUCAGACAGGGACCACCUCCCCAUCUUGAACCUUAAGGACCAAGUGUUGUUCAGCAGCUGGUCGUCCGUCUUUGGAGACAGGGCGGACAGAAUGAGGGAGAACGUCCCCAUUUACUCCUUCGAUGGCAGGGACAUCAUCAGGGACAGUGCCUGGCCAGAGAAGAUGGUGUGGCACGGCUCAGACGUCCAUGGACAGAGACAGACCGACCACUACUGUGAAACCUGGCGAGCCGGCGACCGAGCGGUGACCGGCCUGGCCUCGUCCCUCCAGAGUGGCCUCCUCCUGCAGCAGACCUCCAGCAGCUGCUCCGGCUCCUACGUCGUUCUCUGCAUCGAGAACGCCCUCAUAUCACAGUCCAAAAAAUAAAUCCCUCAUUUGUUUUGUUUUUUUAUUUUUUGUAUAUUUUUCCGUCUCUUUUUCUGGUCCCCACUUCAACACGGUUUUACUUCCACGUCUUUUUUCACGUCUCUCUCCAUGUGGAGGCGCUGCCUUCACUGAACUGUUCCUGCUGCGGCAGAGACACUUUAGCAUCGUCUGCUUCUGCCCCUCCGUAAACGCCAAAGAGUCGGGUUGAACAGAGAGGGGUCAAGGUGGGGGGCGAGGGUGGAUCCAGGGUCCCGAUUUUUUCGGGCGCUCUGAGAAAUAUUAUAAAGAGUGAAGCGACAGCAGAGAAGAAGAAAAAACACAUUCUCAGAUAUUUUUAAACAUUCUGUUUGUUUUUAAUGUUUUUAUUUUGGUUUAUAUGAUGUUUUUUCAAUGUUUUACUUUUUGAAUUGUUUUAAAAAAAAUGCUAUACUUUUACAUUUUUCCAAAAGAAUUAUCUAUUUUACUUUUUUUUUUUUUACCCAUGCUUUUUAGACGUGUGGAUUAGGACGGGGGUGCAGUAAACUCUAAAUAAAUUUAAAGAAGAAAAAUAAAUAUUUAUUUUUAAAUGAAGUUGAUGUUAGGACCAGUAGAAAGUGAUUGGGGAAAAAAAUAAGAAAAAGUUUGUUUGUACUCCCUCCUGCACACACACACUCACACACACACACACACACACGUCCUGUUACUGCUGCUGUGACCGUCAGUGAUUUCUUCUCUCCAAAUUGAAACGUCCUUCAAGGACAAUAAAAAAAAAAAAUCAAAUGUUUUUAAAAAAAAAAAGAUUUAAAUAUUUUUUCUACUUUUCCGUCGAUCACUCAGCGAACGGGACCUGAAUCUGGUGCUGAUUUUCCUGGAGUGAACGCUGCAGCCGGUGUGAAGACAGGAAACACCGCGGCGUCGGCGUCACUUCUCCUCCCUGUGAUUGAAUUAUGACAAAUGGACUAACUAGGUGUCAGUACCAGGUGUCAGUACCAGGUGUCAGUACCAGGUGCUUGUUGACUGAACCUGUGGAUGUCUGUGUUUUUUAUAACAGAAUGUGCUGUACUGUUUCUACCAAGCACUGAUUAAAGUCUUCUUCUCAACCACAA